AUGAUUCGUAUUAUACCUAUUCUGACAUUUCUUCGUGUUGACACCCAACAACGGCGAGUCAAAAUCUGUGUUCUUCUUUUGUUUUUUCUAUAUACAAUAAUCCACAGAGACCUUAAGUCCAACAAUUUGCUUUUGAAUGAUGAAAUGAGAGUUAAAGUUGCAGAUUUUGGGACUUCUUGUCUUGAGACGCAAUGCAGAGAGGCCAAGGGUAACAUGGGAACUUAUCGAUGGAUGGCUCUAGAGAUGAUCAAGGAUAAGCCUUACACUAGAAAAGUGGAUGUUUAUAGCUUUGGGAUCGUUCUAUGGGAACUCACCACUGCCUUGCUUCCGUUCCAAGGCAUGACUCCAGUGCAAGCCGCAUUUGCAGUCGCUGAAAAGAACGAGAGACCGCCAUUGCCGGCGAGCUGUCAACCAGAACUUGAUCACCUGAUCAAGAGGUGUUGGUCGGAGAACCCUUCGAAGCGUCCGGACUUCUCAAACAUUGUGGCGGUGCUAGAGAAGUAUGACGAAUGUGUCAAAGAAGGGCUGCCUCUGACGUCACACGCAAACCUCACGAAGACCAAACACGCCAUUCUUGAUCGCCUUAAAGGCUGCGUCUCAGCCAUCAGCUCAAAAUCGUCUUCCUCCUCUGUUCCUGUAAAUGCUUGGUAAUUCAAAGUUGUUUAAGUACCAUAACACUCUCUCAUUGUAAAGAUUACUAUUCUUUUUUUAAGCAACAAGAUUACUAUUUUUCUUGGUUAGAAAAAAAAAAGAAGUGAUUUGGUCGUUUUCCUUCGUUCCCUUGAUCUCAAAGACUUUAGAACAAUGAUAAACCUAUAUCUUUGAAAUUCUAAUAUAUUUUUUGAGUGUUUAUCAUUUAUGUGUUCUUUGUUGCUUUUUUAAAACAUUGUCAUGAAAAAAUUUAGUGGGAUAUAAACAUCAUAAUAAGGAAAAAGAGUACAACUAUACACAUUAUCACAUUUCUUCAACGAGAUACUUCUGCUCGCCUAACCUAGUCGACGAAGCUUCAUAAAUCAUACACAUCACUUUCCCUCUUGUAUAUAUAGAUGGUCUUAUAAGACACUGCAUCACCUCGUCAGUUUGACGAAUUCAUCAUAGCUGACCUGACCAUCGCAAUCAACAUCAAAUGCUUUGAUGAAAUUAUGAGCAUCCUCGUCGGUUACUUUUUUCCCAUAAUUUGUCAAAAUAUAUUUUUGAUAGUCUGCCGCAGUUAUGAAACCAUUCUGGUUUACAUCCAGAAGCCUAAACCAUUGAAUCAUUUCUUUCUUUUCAUCCCAUGACAGUGUAACAUCUGUGGCAAACUUUCCGAACAUGGAAACUUUUUCUAUAUUAUCCCUGACAAAAGAGAAACAAAAAUUUACAAAAUUUUAGAAACCCACUAUCGAAUCUCAACUAUUAAGAAAGACAAAAACAUUCUAAAUCAUGGUGAAAAUUUCCUGUAAAACAUCGUAAUUUCUUAUUAUUUUAUAUCUUCAGCUUAAAGGCUUUAAGAAGGUUUAAGAAUCCCUCACGUUUCGAUGAAUUUGGCGAACUCAUUAUGGCUGAUCCGACCAUCAGAAUCAACAUCCGCUGCCUUGAUGAUCAUACGAACUUCUUCAUCGGUUACUUUCCCCCCAUCUCUUGUCAUAGAAUAUCGAAGCUCUUGUUCAUUUAUGAAACCAUUCCGGUCUAUAUCGUGACUCCUAAACAUUUCCCAUAACUUUUCCAUUUUCAGUUUUUCCAACAUAACUGUGGAAAUCUUUUCGAGCAUCGCAGCUUCAUCAUUCCUGAAAAAAGAAAACCAAAAUUUUGUUAAACUAGAGAAACUCCAAUCACUGAUUAAGAUAUAUAUAUAUAUAUAUAUAUAUAUAUAUAUAUAUAAAGAAGCAAAUCUCUUAUUGUGACAAACAAAUAUCAUCAGGAGAAAAAAAACUCCAAAAUAACACCAAUGAAAAUAUAAAAUGACUAAAUAAUUCCAAACAUUUACCCUAGCAAAUAUAACCCCUUUUUGAG